AUGUCCUUCACACCAACAAUAGCUAUCAUUGGGGGUGAAUAUGGCCUCACUCUCGCAAGCCUUCUGCAACACAAUCAUAUCCCAUGCACUGACUUUGAGAGUAAUGGCUCCCGAGACAUUCGAGGCCAAGGGGGCUCUCUGGACCUGCAUGCAGGAUCUGGGCUACAAGCUAUCGUAGAGGCCGGGUUGUGGGAACAGUUUGCCAAAUUCAUGCGACCACAAGGCGAAUCUUUCACGCCUAAGAAGCCAGAGACUAUGCGGCACGAACUGCGAACGAUUCUGUUGGAUUCGUUGGAGCAGGGUUCGGUCCGCUGGGAUAGCAAGUGCAGCAAGGCCGGACCAGCGGUCGAAGGAAAGGACGAUAUUCACUGGAAAGUGACGUUGUUGGGCGAGGCUAUGAUCUUGUUGUUGGCGCGGAUGGUGCUUGGUCCAAGCUGGAUGCAGAUUGCGACACCAGCAGAUCGAGUACGUUCUGAUGUCAACAAGAUUGUGCGAACCGGAGCAAUGAUUGCGUCGCGCGAUAAGCAAACCAUUUGGGCUGAGCGCCACUACGAUGGGAGCAUACAAGCCGCCUUAUAUUUGUGCGCCGCAGAGACUUGGGUUCGUGAUGUUGAUAUGGAUUGGUCUCAUCAACUGUCUGCGAAGAAGGCAGUUGUGGACAGGUAUCUGCAACAGUCAAAUGGUUGGGUCGAGCCUUUCAGGCAGAUGAUCCUUGGUGGAGAGGAGAAUCUCAUUGCGAAGCCGCUGUAUAUGUUACCAGUUGGCUUGAGCUGGAAAAGUAGAAAUGGGCAAGUCAACGGCGAUGCAGCUCACCUGAUGGCACCGUUCGCUGGCGCGGGUGUAAAUGUUGCCAUGGAGGAUGCGCUGAUACUUGCUAGAUCGAGAGAAACGACGUGGCAACACUUCGAUGCUGAUGGGUAUUGCACGGAUUUGAGGAAGUGUAGCAAUCACAUACAACAACUUACUUGGGAUGUAUGGGCCGCCUGA